AAGCUAGCCAUGCUUGAACCCACCAACGAAGGACUUCCGACAACACCUACAGUCGCUCCUGCCACCCCGACUCAAGCAACGGAACCUACUACAGUCACUCCGACCACCCCGACUCAACCUACGGAACCUACUACAGUCAUUCCGACCACCCCGACUCAAGCUACGGAACCUACUACAGUCAUUCCGACCACCCCGACUCAAGCUACGGAACCUACUACAGUCAUUCCCACCACCCCGACUCAAGCUACGGAACCUACUACAGUCAUUCCGACCACCCCGACUCAAGCUACGGAACCUACUACAGUGAUUCCGACCACCCCGACUCAACCCACGGAACCUACUACAGUCAUUCCCGUCACCCCGACUCAACCUACUACAGUCAUUAUCACCACCCCGACUAAACCUACUACAGUCACUCCCGCCACCCAAACUAAACCUACAGACCCCGCUACAGUUUCAUCCAUCCAGCCUACAUCCCCAGACUCAGUGGCUCCAUCCAGUAAUAAUCCAACAAUCCUUCCUGCAACCACGGAACUUCCAGAUGUUUGUGACUCAAACCCAUGUGGCGACGGGAUCACGUGUGAGGCUCGUGUUAAUGGAUCCUUCGUAUGCUUGUGCAUGGCCGGGGCGUUCUUCAGUGGGGGCACUUGCCAGACCGCUCAAGUUUUCCCCGGACAACUGCAAGUGCCCAAUUUAAAAUAUGAAAAGGAAAUGGAAACCAAAACAUCAAACGCAUUUACAUAUGCCUCUUGGAAAAUUAAUGCACAGAUACGGACGUCAUUCCGGAGCGCUUGGGGCUUUUCUCACAGUAGUGUGCUGGAACUCAAGCCAAUGAGCAACAAACGGGCAGAUUCAGACGGCGUUACUGCGACUCUGGAGGUCUUCUUCUACAAAUCUAUUCCCAUCACGACGCAGAUAUUUGAUGACAUCCUGGUAAAUGCUUCCAAGUGUGACGCCUGCAUCCUGGCUAAUUCCACCUUUGCGAAGACCGACCUGUGUCUUAAGAAGCCCUGCAAGGAGGAAACGGCGGACUGUUCAUCCAAAGAAGGCUUCUUCAACUGCAGAUGUAAGACAGGUUACAUCAUAACAGACUACAGCGAGAGGGUGUGUGUCGCUUGUCCAAAUGGUCAGAAACCACAUGGAACCAGGGAUUGUGUAGCGUGUCCGUAUGGUCAUUCUGGUUUUAACUGCUCUGAAACAUGGCAGCUAGCGUUGGUGGUCGUCGGCUCUGUGUUGGGAGGACUGCUGCUCAUCUCGCUCAUUGUUGUGAUCGUCUUGGCUUGCAAAUCCCCAAAGAAGACUUCCAAGAAAAACAAACGUUUAGACACCGAGGACAAUCAAGACACGAGCCUCUCCUCCGACGAUAAACACCCACUGGUGAACAGCCUCCCGACCAAGAGGCAGCCCCUCCCAGUUAAGACAGAAUCAGACACGGGCCUGAAGCCUUUCCCCACUGGUGGCGUGCCCAAGAUCCCACGGGCCACGGCCUCCAGCGCCUGGGACAGCGGGACCAAUUUGGAAAUGACACCGAGCAAUGGCCGCCAUAACUUGAUGUCCAGUGGGAGGAGUUCGUGGCUGGACGACAACUCCGACGACAUGAACGGCAGUCCGUAUCAACGUCCCCGCAACCAGACCAACCCGUACGAAAACUCACGACCCUUGAGCAACCCGUACACCCAGGAUCGGCCUCAGAUAAACCCCUAUGCUAGGAACCAAGGCCACAGCAACAGCAGCUACUCACAUGAUGACGGCAGACCCUUCAAUUACUAAAGAACCCAAACACAACAAGAGCUCAGGGAUUAUGCAAUACUUUCAAUGCCACUGUGCUUUAAUGUCAAUUCCUGGGCAUUUAUGGAAAUAUUUUUCAUUUAGCAUAAAGUCUUCCAUGUUUGUAUUAGGUGUUUUAGUUUAGACAUGAAAGGAUAUUUUGUUGUUUUUUCAUCAUUUAUAUUGAAUAAUAUCAUACUCACUUAUUUUAUGUCUAUUGUACUCAAGUUAUUGUUGUUGUAUUAAAAAGUCUUGAUGUUUAUUUUUAUAGUAAUAUCAUGACUUUAUUUCUGUAAUAUAACUUUUCUCCCAUUUCAUUUUCCCCAAAAAUAUUUUGUUUUGUUUGUUUCUUUAUUACAAUUUAUUUUCCUUUAAUAUUUAAAUUCUAUGCUGCUAAAAUGAUGCUGUUUUUCCUCAUGUUAUGAGUUUAUUCUUGUAAAAUUCAUAUAGCUUUUUUUUUUAUAUUUUCAAUUUAUUCCUGUAAAAUUACAGAUUUUUUUCCCACA